GGCUUGUUUUGAUUCUCACGUGCGAACGCGAAUGAAUCCAGUUUUUACGCUAUCGUUUGAAAUAAAAUCUGAAUAUUGGAAAUAAAUUCGAGAUUUUUGCCAGUAAAGUUCUAUAAAAAUGUCCGUGACAAAGCGAGUUCAGCAAUGGGCUACUUUUGCGAGGGCAUGGCAUGUCUACGACUGCACCUGGCAGAACCCGUUCGAAUCGGCUUCUCUGAUCCGGAAGCAUCUGAUGGGACUGCAUAAGCCCAUCUACCAUCCGAUGAAUGAUUGCGGAGAUCACGUCGUAGUUAUCAAUACGGCCGAAAUUGCACUGCCCGGGGAUGAGUGGAAAAAGCGGGUGUACUUUCACCAUACCGGAUAUGCUGGGGGCGCCAGCUGGACACUGGCGUGGGAGCUGCACGAAAAGGAUCCUACUCAGAUAAUGAAAAAAGCCAUUUAUCGUUCAAUGCACGGAAAUCUCCAGCGUCGUCACACGAUGCAACGGCUGCACCUCUUCAAGGACGAUAACGUCCCUCAGGAAAUUCUCGAAAACAUCACCAACCAAAUCCGACAACCAAGACGAGUGCCGGAGCGGUUAGACCAAAUCGAUCCGGAUUUGGUGAAAAAUUUCCCCAAGAUAAUGGACUACCCUAAGGAUUACGUACUUCGGUAAAUGAUGGACGACACCUGAGGCUAUUGAGAAAAAGGUAACGUAGUGUUUAUUGGUUCGUUAAUGGAAACAUCGAGUCAUUUGUACCGACCGACAAAAA